UUACGCUGUUUUUCCGUUCGCGGUUGGUCGUACAAACAUGGGGGAUGUUAAAACAUGCUCCAUUCGCAUUUGCCAAGAUGGGCACGCCAACGCCCUUGCGUUAAAUCGCGAAUGUACGCAAAUUGCUGUGGCUGGCAGAAGCUUGCUGAAGGUUUUUUCGAUUGAAAACGAUGGAUUCACGGAGGUAUGUAAUAUGCGUGGCGGUAAAAACCAAAACCUAAGUUACUCGUCGAAUGAUGUCGCCUGGAGUGCACUGGACUCAAACAUCCUCGCUACCGCUGCCACGAACGGCGUCGUUUCCGUCUGGGACUUGUCCAAGUUCGGUCGUCAAAAACAACUGCUAGUGUACAACGAGCACGAGCGGACGGCUCAUUCGGUUGCGUUCCACGGAACGGAGGCAAAUCUUUUGAUUUCGGGAUCGCAGGACGGAACUAUCAAAUGUUUUGACCUACGGACGGAUAAAUCGGCCAUAAAUACUUACUUUAGCAACUCAGAAAGCGUACGUGAUGUAAAGUUUAGUCCACAUACACCCAACACGUUUGCGGCCGUUUCCGAGAAUGGUACCGUGCAGCUAUGGGACAUUCGCAGGAACGAUCGAUGCACGGCCCAAUUCACUGCACACAGUGGGCCAAUUUACACGUGCGAUUGGCAUCCGAAUCAGCCAUGGUUGGCCACGGGUAGUCGCGACAAGCAGAUCAAGGUGUGGAACACUAACCCCAAAAACACGUCACUUGAGACGGCGAAAAACGUUUCACUUGAGUAUACCAUACAUACGAUCGCGGUCGUCGGUAGGAUUCGAUGGCGUCCGGAUAAAAUGUAUCACAUUGCAAGCUGUGCGCUGGUGGUGGACAAUAGUAUCUACAUCUGGGAUCUUCGCCGACCCUAUAUACCGUACGCUUCCUUUAACGAGCAUUCAAACGUUACGACGGGCAUAGCGUUCAAGGGUAACGAUCGGCACGUGCUGCUGUCCACCAGCAAGGACUCGACAAUAUUUAAGCACGUGUUUAAAGACGCCACCCGUCCUGCAAUGAAAGCGAAUCCGCAGGGAGCCAACUUCAACUACAAGGGUGAUUUGCUGUACGCCUACGAGAUGAAGCUAAUUCCUCCCCCUCCUCCAUCGAGUUUACUUAGCCAAGGUACCGCAUUAUUGGGUUCGCGGCAAAAAACGUCCCCGUCAGCCGAUCAGUUUCACCUGGCAAAAUCGAAUCUUUCCAACUUUUCUACCAAAACUAUCAACAUGAAUGCGAAGGACGUUACCAAAACUUCACUUCUGAAGGAUUACUUGGCACUGAAAGGGUGCGCCAAAGAGUACAUGCUUACCGGAGCCUCUCUAUCGGAGGUUUGUAGCCAUAAUGCGGCUAUAGCGAAAAAGUAUGGCAAAACCAACGUCAGUUUUCUGUGGAACUUCAUAUCGCAACUGUACGCCUACAGCUCCACCGCUAGCAUAAAGCUGGAACAGCGCAAUUCGGGCACAAUACAGAAUGCUGGUAGUCGCUUGAUGGCUCAAAUUUCUAACCAAUCCAGCACUGGAAGAAGUGAAGACCGAACAAUGGGUAGCGGUGGUCAUCCCGCAGCGGGCAUUACGAAUAACGUAAGCAACGUCAGCACUGACGAUUACAAUGAGUUUGCUAACAACAAUAACGCCAAUGAAGCCCAUGGUAUGGGGCAGCUACUGUCGGUGGAUAUAGAACCGGACAAGUGUGACUUCGUUUUUGGUGAAACAGAGCUUACGUUCGAUUCGGUCGAUUGUAUUAAAGGCUUCCGGGAUGGAUUUCUUUACACUGGUCCGCACGAUCUGGUGAAAGAUUACACUUUUCCAAGUUCAAAUCUAAUGAAUGCCCACGAACUACAUCAAACGCAUCCCCGAAAGCAUCUGAUGGCGGAAAAGUCGCAGGAAACUUCACCGCCGCCGAAUCCGGCUCCGUCGUUCCUGAAAAUUUCCGAUCACAACCCAACACCACCCAUUUGGGAACCGCACCAGGUGCUGGCCGAGUGUUUAACGUUGCAAACAGAGAUUGGCGAUGUCCAGACGUCGUCCUGCAUUCUCAUGGCUCUCGGUGAGCGAAGGCACAGUUUGCAGAUCGACGAAAGUCUCCAAGAGAACUGGCUGCUGUCGUACAUCGAGCUUCUGCACCGACAUCAGCUGUGGAACGAAGCAACGCAGGUGAUUAACAUUAGCUGGAUCCGAUCUGUGCUGGAGAUGAAUCAACAAUCCACGACAAUGUACACGAGCUGUGGCCAAUGCUCGAAGCAACUGGUAAGUGCGAUGGGAUGGUACUGUUCACGCUGCAAGUCCGCCCAAAGUUCAAAGUGCAGUGUUUGCAAUGGGGUUGUCCGUGGACUGUACGCCUGGUGUCAGGGAUGUUCGCAUGGAGGCCACCUAGAACAUUUGAAGCAAUGGUUUGCCAACAACUCCAAGUGUCCCAGGUGUGGUCACCUGUGUGAGUACGAAUAAGC